CGCGUCGAGACGACGACGCAUGACCUAAAAUGUUGUCCAAAAAUACCCCACUCUCUGCGAAGACGGCCGCCGAGCCACAUGCCCGUCAAUUUCGCACAUGAAUGGUCCAAAACAUGACAACAUGGCCGAUGAAAAUUGCUAUAGUUCUAGUAUUAUAUAUUAUUGCCACAGAAGCCGCGCUGACUAUGCGAACAGCUAGUUUCCCUAUAGGCGGUUUGUUUAACAGCAGAACGGCGGAGAGUUCAUAUCAAGCUUUCGAAAGGAUCAGUCGGAUUGGUGGUACGAAAUCAUACCAUGGCCGUGCUUUGCAGUCGCAAGUUGUGGACAGCUAUUCGACUGCGUUAGAUGUAUGUUCCUUUACAUCAGACGGUAAAGGUGUUGCUGCCCUGAUAGACGCUAGACCUACUGAGGGCAUAUGCGACACAACUUGCUUGAUCAGCAACAGAUAUAGCAUCGCUCAUCUUGCUAUAGGUUGGGAACCUCAGGACACUCUCAAAGAAGACCUAUUUACGUUCAUGUACUACCCACCACCCGAUUUAAUAUCAAAAGCUUAUGCCAAACUCAUCAAAGAUUUAGAAUGGACUAAGUUCACUAUACUAUAUGAAGAUGAUGGAAGUUUUAUUCGAUUACAAGAAGUAAUCAAUACUUGGCCACAAGACAACCCAAGAAUACUGUUCAGAAAACUUGAUCCUGAAGGUGACAAUAAAGAAAUUUUUAAAUAUAUUUUCAAAGUUGCACGGAUUACUUAUCAUAUAUUAGAUUGUGAAGUGAACAAUGUGCAUAAAUAUAUGGAGGAAAUUGUACAAGUAGAAAAUGCAACAGAAUUCUUGAGCUUUAUUUUGACUAAUCUAGACACCUAUACUAUUAAUCUCAAAGAUGUCCCAGAUUUAAUGGCGAAUGUUUCAACUAUGCAUUUGACAACUACAAAUACCGAUAGAUGGAGAGAUUUAGGCAUGAAUCCUGAUGAAGAUAAUAUACAAUUAGAAACAGCAUUAGUAGCUGAUGCUUUAACUCACAUAGAAAAAGCAAUGAAGAAAAUGCAAGGAGUUGAUGAUGAAGAUGGUCAAGGAUUAACGAUAGUAGAAGAUUUUACCGAGCCACCAUCUUUAUGCAUGAGAGAUUCCAAAGCAGAAUAUGAAGAAGUGGCUUGGUCAUUAGGAGAAAAUUUACGUGAGAUUUUGUUGAACACAACUGCAAAAGGUUUCACUGGUAAUAUAGAGUUUGAUGAAGACGGAAGAAGAAAAAAUUUUAUGUUACAUUAUUCCAAAUUAGGACAUGAGAGUCAAUUUAUUUAUGUGGGAGAUUGGGACUCGACAAAGGACUCUAUAAAGAAAGAAAAUACUGUUCAGGAUCGAUCAAGGACGCUUAAGUCGAAUAAAAUACGGGUUGCCACUAGACUCGGAAGUCCCUAUUUUUUAUUUACCGACAAUGAAACCAGCCCAAUUCCAUAUCGAGGAUAUGCCGUUGACCUAAUAGAUGCAAUUUUUAAACAGAUUUACAAGGAAGAAAAGGUAAAAUUAGAGUACGAGUUUUAUCGAGUGGACCAUGAUAGUUAUGGCAACCAAAUACCGGGAACUGAUAAAUGGAACGGUAUGAUGGGGGAUUUAAUAGAACAUAAAGCUGAUCUGGCGAUAUGUGACUUAACAAUCAAUUCUGAGAGAAAUAAUAUAGUAGAUUUUUCUACACCUUUUAUGACCUUGGGUAUCAGCAUGCUGUUCAGAGAACCUGAUCCGGAACCACCGGACAUGUUUUCUUUCCUUCUGCCUUUAGAUCUGGACGUUUGGCUGUAUUUGGCAACGACCUAUAUAAUAGUGUCAUUCGUUCUACUUAUAUGCGCGCGAAUGAGUCAAGAUGACUGGGUCAAUCCGCAUCCUUGCAACCAAAAUCCUGAGAAUUUGCAAAAUAUUUGGAGUUUGUACAAUUGCAUGUGGCUUGCUAUGGGCACAAUUAUGACACAAGGGUGUGAUAUAUUACCAAGAUCAGUUGGCUCGCGUUGGGUAGCAGGUAUGUGGUGGUUUUUCGCGCUCAUUGUAACAGCUUCCUAUAUGGCCAACAUGUCCACUUUCCUCAGUAAUAGCCGACGAAGCAACGAUAUCAAUGAUGUAAAUGCGCUCGCUGACCAAAAUAAGGUUUCAUACGGAGCUGUCUACAACGCUUCCACUUACAGAUUCUUCGAAAAAAGUAAUGAAUCUGUCUAUAAAAAAAUUUGGUCUGUAAUGAGUUCAGCCAAACCAACUGUAUUCGUAAAAAAUAAUGACGAAGGAAAGGAUCGAGUACUUAGAAGUAAGGGAAAGUAUGCGUUUUUCAUGGAAUCUACUGCCAUCGAGUAUUAUACUCAUCGAGACUGUGCUUUGAAGAUGGUAGGCGGUAACUUAGAUUCUAAGGAAUAUGGAAUUGCUAUGCCGAAAAAUUACCCAUUUAAAGCUUGGAUUGAUCACGCAAUUUUGUCUUUGCAAGAGGGCGGUCACUUAACUGAAUUGAAGGAAAAGUGGUGGGAAAGAGAAGAUAAUCCUAAUACUGAAGAUUGCACGGCUGGCGAUCAAGCUGACGAAGAGGACAACGGCUCGCUUCAAAUGAAGAAUACGAGUGGUAUUUUCCUUGUGUUGGGUAUCGGAGGCAUUCUAGGGUUCUUGGUAGCCAUUGUGGACUUCUUAUUGCAUGCAAGGCAAAUCAGUGUUAAAGAAAGGAUAACUUUCAAAGAGGCGUUGAUGAGCGAAUGGCACGCAUCAUUCAACCCGCGCGCGUUGCAUAAACCGGUAGCACCGCCACGGUCUGCUCCACCGUCCACUGCCACGCCGUCGCCAGAGCGCGAGCGAUCGCAAUCUCGAGCGGUAUCGGUCCUACGAGCCGCGUCCUCUUUCAUAAACUUCGAUGAGAUUUAUUAAAUUCAUGGUGCAUUUUUAGUAUUUUCUUUUUGUCUGCUGCUUUUUCCGUUUUUCUUAAAAGUUAAGCUAUAGUCACAUAUAGAGACACAAAAAGUUAGAGGGUCAAUCACCCUCCAUCAUAGGUAAAUUUUGAUUUGGUUUCUUAUGGCCGCAAUCACUUAAAGGCUAUAUUCAAUGUUUGUCAAAGCGAAUAUCUUCCUACUUUAAUUCCACUGUAUAAGUUAAUAACGUAGGGCCAAGUGAAGGAUAGUUUAAAAAGAGCCACAGUAUAAUAAAAGGAAUAUCUCUGUAUUAUACCCGGCCAUAUGACGUCUGAUGACAGCUGUUUAUAAUGGCGGCAUUUCAAACUAGAGAAAGCGAGCCAAGACAGUCUGUAGACAAAUCAGAAAAGGGUAGAGAUAUAUGAAACACUUUGCCCCUUGUUACAACGCCACCACUAGAUAAAUAGCACUGGCUUAUUUGUAUAAAUUUUCUGACAUGGUUCUUCAUUUAAAUACGAAAAGGCGAAAAGGAGGUUUAGAGAGGCUGAAAUUGCUACAAAGUUUGUGAGCAGUGGAAUCUAAAGUUAUCUCAAGCGUGAAGCAGUGUCAGCAUUUGUCCUUAGCGUCAGCUCACACCGAGACGCGACUCUGCGUGCACAUUUUUACUAGAGCAACUCAAAACAUAACUUUAUUUACUACACGAAAAGAUACACAUUUCAUUGUGAGCAUUCAGAAUAUGUUGCACCACGCAAUGCUACGCCUUGAGGUGCCUCGCGACGUGGAGCGAUGCAUCGCCAAGCAGCGGUGCAUGGCGGGUACGCGCGGCAUUCAAGAGCUACGCUUUUACGAUGCGCCUCGCGCCAGCGCGCGGAAAUCACUGGCCUCUUUCGGUAUCGUCGCAUCGCGUCUCGGUAUGAAGUCACCCUAAGUAGCAUUUUUGUUAAAAACCAGACAGCGUUCAAUUCAGUUACCGAGUUAAUAUAGCCUAUUUAAGAUUCUUUAUUGUAUUUCUAUUUGAAACAGAGGGUGCUAAUAACGCAAGUUUCGCGUCUGGUACUGCAGUAAUUGUUAGAUCUGAUAUAAACUUGUCAAGUGCGAGUCGUACUCGCACACAGGGAUUUGUACUGUCAUUUCUUAAAUGUUAAAAUCUUAUUUGUCCGUUAAGUUCAAUAAAAUAACCUGUUUAUUAUUUAUGAGAAUAUCAUUUGUAACUUGUCCGUUAAGUUCAAUAAUAACCUUCCUUAUUAUUUAGAAUAGAACUCCGUUAAAAUUAUUUUAUUUGUUGCUGAGGUGAUGGCGCAAUCGGCCUGCGGUCGUGAAAGUCGAGAAACUUACGCAAUGGUCGCUUAUUCCACGAGUGAGCAAAAACUUAUUAUCUCGAACUCCUCCGUGCUUCGGAAGGCACGUUAAGCCGUUGGUUAUGGCUGCAUUUGCAGUCCUUAGCGCCCACCAAUCCGCAAUAGGCUCGCGUAGUGGGUCAUGGCCCAGUCUCCCUAUUCCAUUCAUAGACAAGGCCUGUGCCAACUCAGGCCUUGUCUAUGAAUACUGGCGGACGUUAAUAGGCUGAUGAUGAUUAUUUGUUAUUAAAAGAGCAAGAUGGUUAUAGUACAAAAUUUAAGAAAUUUUUCAUUUCUGAUUGAGAACUGAACCAGUAUUUGGUCGAUUGUAGGUCUUUAUUUACCUUUGCGUUUAUCAGUGGGGAACAGCCCACUGUAUAUCAUGAACCUUUAGUGACACAGCAUAGAUGAGGACCUCGAUUACGCAGUGUUUAGUGCGUUCCGUCUGCGAUCUAUGAAGUUGAGCAACCUUCGUUAUGUUUUUUUCUAGUAAACUUUUCUUUAGAUUUCAACCUUCGUUAUGUUUGGCCAUAGGAUGGGAGACUCAAAAAAUGUUAGGACGAAUGGGGGCCGUUUAGACAGCUGAUGUUUAGUAAUAGGAUUCUGUGGUCAGUCAAGAGUACAGAAACUGAUAAAUACAUAAUUAUUAUAUAUGAGGGUGACAUAUUUUUCAUUUUGUAAAUUAGAUAUUAUUAAUAAGUAGGUUGAGGUAAUUUGUAUUUAAAUUUUAUACUUAAGGUAGUUUUUAAGUUGUUAUUAUUCUAUUUUCUUUAUAUUCUGUAAAUAAAUAUGUACUAUUCCAAUGACUUUAGAUAUAAGUAAAUAAAACUAAUACUAAGU